CCUCUACACUCAAGGGGCCAGCGCUUCCACCUGACAAACGCAAUACAUCUUCAACUUCCGGGAAGGAGUUUUCAAAGAACAUUAGCUAGCAACCUAGCUAGCCUUGACUGUUUUUUUUUCUCAGGGAAAUAAAGUGAAAUUUGCCGAAAGUCGCUAGCGGGCUAGUCUGUUAAAGCAGUCGGCGAUGUCAGCGAACUCCAAGAGGAGAAGAGCCACCUCUCCCUGCAGCAGUGUCAGCGGAGGGGGAGAUCCUGAGGAUGCCUCUUCCUCGACUCCUGGAAGCGGCAGGAAAAGAAGGAAGCUCUCCAAUGUUCUUCCUGUUGAUACGAUUGCUGUCUGCCAUGAACUGUUUAAUGCUGUUAAAGACUACAAGGAUGAUACAGGGAGGCAACUUUGUGACUUAUUCCAUAGGGUACCAAAGAGGAGGAAUCAGCCUGAUUAUUAUGAAGUUGUAUCCCAGCCAAUUGAUAUGACAAAAAUCCAGUACAAACUGAAGUCGGAAGAAUACAGUGAUGUGGAGCACCUCACUGCUGAUUUUCAGCUCAUGUUUAAUAAUGCCAGAAAUUUCUACAAGAGAGACAGUGAGGAGUAUCAAGCAGCCUGCAAACUGUGGGAAGUGUAUUUGCAAACAAGGAAUGAAUUUGUGCAGCCUGGAGACGGAGACGAGGAGGAUGAAGAAGGUGACGACAUUAUGGCUAAUCCAGGAAUGUCAAAUGAAUAUGAGACAUCAGCUAGCAGUCUGAAAGAAGUGCUGGAGCAACUUUUACAGGCUAUAGUUUCGCACACCGACCCCUCAGGCCACCUUGUCAGUGAACUGUUCCAAAAACUGCCUUCCAAAGUGCAAUACCCAGACUACUAUGCUAUUAUAAAAGAGCCAAUCGAUCUCAGAACGAUUGCUCAGAGAAUACAGCAGAUUGGAUACUAUAAAACGGUUAAUGCUAUGGCCAAGGACAUUGACCUGAUGACCAAAAAUGCCAAAACAUACAAUGAACCAGGAUCUCAGGUUUUCAAGGAUGCAAACACCAUAAAAAAAGUCUUCAUCCAACGCAAGACUGAACUCGAACAUGCUGAGCCUACUAAAUCUAGUAUUCGCAUUAGAAACCGCAAAUCAGGACAAGCAGAUCGUUUUUCUGGUGUCAGCGUUGCCCUUCAGUAUGGUUCAGAGAGUGAGGACGACCCUGUGCUUUCAGGCUCUGUGUGCUAUGAUGAGGGAGAGUCAGAGGCAGAGAGCCAGAGUUCGAGCAUGGAGAUGAGUAACCCCAUCUUUCAGCUGUAUGAAGCCGUUAGAGGGGCCAGGAACAACCAGGGCCAGGUCUUCUCCGAACCUUUCCAGCAACUGCCGUCCCGCAGGGAGUAUCCUGAUUACUAUCAACAGAUAAAACAGCCCAUCUCGCUGCAGCAGAUAAGGACAAAGAUGAAGAAUGGUGAAUACGAAAGCGUGGAACAAAUAGAUGCCGACCUCAAUUUGAUGUUUGAGAAUGCAAAGCGCUACAACAUGCCCAACUCAAGCAUAUACAAACGGGCCUUCAGGCUACAGCAGAUUAUGCAGGCGAAAAAGAGGGAGCUUCUGAGGAAAGAUGAGGAAGAUGGAGACAGCAUUUUGUCAUCUGAUGCAGGAAGUGUUAAGAGGAAAAGCCACAAGAAGAAUGUCAAAAAGAACCGAAUGAAAGCAUUGUACACAGCAGUUGGUGAAGCCAGGGAGGCAGCUACCAACAGACGUCUGUGUGAACUUUUCAUGGUCAAACCAUCCAAAAAGGACUACCCUGACUACUAUAACGUCAUUCUCGAACCGAUGGACCUGAAAACCAUCGAGCACAAGAUUAAAAAUGAACGCUACACCACCGAGGAGGAACUGAUAGAGGACAUGAAGCUGAUGUUUCGUAAUGCUCGGCAUUAUAAUGAGGAGGGAUCUCAGGUAUAUAAUGAUGCAGAUGUUUUGGAGAAGAUACUGAAAGAUAAGCGGAAGGAGUUGGGACUACCACCGGAGGAGGAGGAUGUGGGAUCACCUAAAUUAAAAUUAAGAAAAAGUGGCGUUUCUCCAAAGAAAUCCAAAUACCUCACCCCUCUCCAGCAGAAAUUAAAUGAGCUCUACGAUGCUGUCCGAAACUUCACAGACCGCCGGGGUCGCCGUUUAAGCACGAUCUUUCUCCGACUGCCGUCUCGCUCCGAGUUGCCCGACUACUACGCAACGAUUAAAAGACCCAUCGACAUGGAGCGCAUCCGAAGCCACAUGGUAACAGGCCGAUACCAGGAUGUUGAAGCUCUGUUUGAGGAUUUUGCUCUCAUGUUCAACAACGCCUGCAUCUACAAUGAGCCAGAGUCACUGAUCUACAGAGAUGCUCUGGUGUUGCACCGAGUGUUACUGGAGACUCGGAAGCAGCAGGAGCGAGGGGAGGACUCCGGUCCUCCUGCUGUGGGACCUCUGGUGCGAGAGCUGAUCAGGAAUCUGUUUGUGUCCGUAAUGGGCCACCAGGAUGAAGAGGGCCGGUGUUACAGUGACUCGCUAGCUGAGAUUCCUGCUGUAGAUCCAAGCGCACCUGAAAAGCCAACGCUUAACUUUGACAUCAUCAGGAUAAAUGUGGAGCGGGGUCUUUACCGGAGACUGGACAUCUUCCAGGAGCACAUGUUCGAGGUGUUGGAGAAGGCUAGAAGACUAAACAGGACCGACUCUGAGGUGUUUGAGGAUGCUGUUGAGCUUCAGCAGUUUUUCAUUAAGAUCAGGGAUGAACUAUGCAAGAAUGGAGAGAUCUUACUCUCCACUGCCCUCAAUUACACGUUAAAGCACCUGCACAACGACGUAGAGCAGGAUAAGAGGGAGAAAAUUCCUAAAGAGAUUGAGGAGGAUAAGCAAAAAAUGGAGGAAGAGGAGGGAAACAAAGAUGAGAAGAAAGCAGGGGACUUGGAGAAAGAGGCAUGGCAGUCUGAUUCAGAGUCACAGCUUGUUUACAGUCAGAACUGCAGCUUUGAGAACAGAACUUAUCAUGUGGGCGAGUUUGUUUAUGUGGAGCCAUCAGAACCAAACCUGAAGCCUCAUAUUGUCUGCAUCGAACGUUUGUGGGAGGAUGAAAUAGGUGGGAAAUGGCUCUAUGGCUGCUGGUUUUAUCGACCCAGUGAGACUUUUCAUUUGGCCACUCGCAAGUUUCUGGAAAAAGAGGUCUUCAAGAGCGACUACUACAACAAAGUAUCUAUUAGUAAAGUUCUUGGCAAAUGUAUGGUAAUUUUUGUGAAGGAUUAUUUCAAGAUGCUGCCCGAGGGCUUUAAACUAGAGGAUGUGUAUGUGUGCGAAUCCCGUUAUGCUGCCAGAAACAAGUCUUUCAAGAAGAUCAAAGUUUGGGCCAAGCCGGAGAGCUCUGUGAAACUCGUGCCUCGAGAUGUUCCUCUUCCUGUUGUGCGUGUAGCAUCCAUGUUUGCCAAACCUGACCUGGAAAAAAUGGCAAUGUCAUACGCAGGCAUUGGAAAUUUUAUAGAAAAGGAGAGAGAAGAUGUCCCUAUGGAGAUGAGUGCAACUGAGCCAGGGUGCCAAUGCUAUGAGCAGUUACGCUUCAACAAAAUGUGGUUCAAAGUGGGGGACUGUGUUUACAUCCAAUCGCAUGGUCUGUCCAAACCUCGGGUUGCCAGGAUAGAAAAGCUGUGGGUACAGAAUGGAACAGUCUUCUUAUUUGGACCCAUCUUUAUUCAUCCUGAGGAAACGGAGCAUGAACCUACAAAGAUGUUUUACAAGAGAGAAGUGUUUCUGAGUCACCGAGAAGAAACCCUGCCCAUGUCUCGUGUCAUAGGCAAAUGUACAGUGUCCUCUUUCAAGGACUACCUGUCCAACAGACCCACCGAGUAUACAGAAGAAGAUAUCCUUCUGUGUGAGAGCCGCUACAUUGCGACAGAGAAAAUAAUGAAAAAAUUCAAGGGUCUGAAACGCUUCUCAUACUCCUCCAAAGUGGUGGAGGAUGAGGUCUAUUACUUCAGGAAACUGAUAGUGCCUCAAAAGGAAGCGUCACCCUUUUUGGACAAAAAAAUAGAUGAACUUGAGGUGAAACUGGCAGACAUAGAGGAUGCAGAUGAUGACAUAGACGACAUGGACGAAGAUGAAGACGCUCCGACGACACCUUCUAUGCCUCAGAUGCAAUCCUCUCUUACCAGUGACAUGGACAUCAUGGCUUACACACCUUCUCAGGCAACUCCUAGGGUGAAAGGUUUGGCAAAGAAGGAAGGAGCCAAAAGAAAGAUCAACAUGAGUGGCUAUAUCCUGUUCAGCAGUGAAGUUCGAGCCAUCAUCAAAGCUCGACACCCUGAUUAUUCUUUCGGGGAGCUGAGUCGUCUUGUUGGCACGGAGUGGAGAAACCUUGAAGCUUCUAAGAAAGCUGAAUAUGAAGAGCGUGCUGCUAGAAUAGUGGAGCAACAGGAACGUGACAGGCCCUUCAAGCAAGGUUCCCCCAAAGCAGGUACCCCUGUAGGGGCACUGAUGGGUGUGGUGCCUUCACCUAGCACUAUGGGAAUGAUAAACCAAUCCAUGACACCUGUGUCAGGCAUGAUGGGAGCUUACGGCCCACCUUACAUGCCCAUGCAGGGCCCCCACGAGGGUUUGCUGAGUGUGGCUCCAAUGCCACCUCACCCUGCAGGGGGUCCUAACCUGCCUCUUCACCAUCUCCACCAAGGCAUGCCAGGGUAUCCAGGCAUGCCACAUCAGGGAAUGAUGGGAGCUGGUGCAAAUGGCAUGGCAGGAAGUCCUGGGCAAAGCAACUUCAUUCAACAGCCUGGUAUGUUCAGUCCAGGCCAGAAUGCCCCUCCACCAUAUCCAGGACCGGGCCAGCCAUCCCACUUGCAACCCACCACUCCAAUGUUUGUGGCACCACCACCGAAAACACAAAGGGUGCUUCACUCAGAGGCCUACCUGAAGUAUAUUGAGGGAUUAAAUUCUGAGUCGAACACUGUCAGCAAGUGGGACCAAAUGCUGAAAGCUCAAAGACGUGACGCUCACCUGACCAAAGAGCAGGAGAGUCGACUUCCGGCGCACUGGCUGAAGAGCAAAGGAGCUCACACGACCAUGGUGGACGCAUUGUGGCGUUUGCGUGACCUAAUGCUGAGAGAUUCUCUGAAUAUCUGUCAGGCGUACAACCUCUAACCUCCCAGAUAGAACCACUCACCUCAGUAACGACUCUUAUCCUCAAGUUCCCAAACUUCUAGACCAUAGAAGCAAUAUUUUAUAGUGAGUGAUGACCACUUUUAUAUUUAUCAGCUUAAAAGAAUGAGCUUCAUAGUAUCUGUGUGUGUGUUUUGUUUUUAUAUAUACUUUUUGGAAUAGUGACGCUAAACCUGUGAUUUUAAGUUUUUUCCUUUUUUGACGUACUUGUGCAACCAAAAUAAAAGUAUGAACACCUUG